AAACUCUGAUCUCGGCAAGUUGCUCCACAAGGUACCACGGCUUCUACUAAGACCCGUGACGCGGCUCCUUACGUGUAGCUGUCUCCCUUCCGACAUACAUUGCCUUCCCAUCAUUGUCUAGCCUCAGCCCUGGCAAACCUCUGACCAUCACGAUCUUCAUCAAGCAAACACGACUGAAGAGUGUCAAUUAUCAAAUCUGCUACCUGAUGACAAACAGAAUGGACCAGACAACAUUCCUCAACGAAUUGCUCACGGUCAAGGAUCGGGUCAAUGAGAUGGCAUCGACUUUCAGCCGCUCUCCGCGCCUUCAGUUCUCUCAAACGGCACCCAUCGACAUGUUUUCCAACCACCUCGAAGACGUCAAAGCGCGCCUCAAUUCCAUGCAAGCUUCGCUGAACCUGCUAUCGAUGGGUUCAAGCCAGAGAGCCUCGCCGCUCGGCGUCUCGCCGCACUGGGCCAAUCGUCCUAAUGACUUCCCAUCGAUGCCUUCCGCCCCGUCGGCUCUGCCAUCAGGUCCGCUCUUCUGGCAGCUCUUCAACUCCGUGCGCGCCGAUGUACGAGGUCUCACAGAUCGUAUUGCCGGCGUGGAGCAAGAUGUAUCAAAUCUGGAGGACCGUCUUGACGAUAUGCGACCUAAUCGUUUCACUCCUCCAGAAAGCGAGGACAUACCUACCUCACCUCUGCAGCAUGACUACUCUGUGCCAUACUCUCGGAACGGGGCACAUGUUGAUGGUCACCACGACUCCAUUGACCAU